AUGUAUUGUGUGAGUUACUUAAAGGAGUUUUAUCGACCACAAGAUGAACAUAUUCGUGAAUUGGAGAAGAUCGCAACUAUUAUGGAGGCAGAAACCUCCGAUGUAGAAGUAACCUCCAAUCAUCAUUCUAUUAGGCGGCAAACGCGAAUUAAUACAAUGGUUAUUAGUGUUGUAUUUUGUGCCAACGUGGUACUUUUAUUGGGUAAAGCUGUAGCAUCUGCAUUAUCAGGGUCAUUAGCAAUCAUAUCAUCUUUGUUAGAUAGUUGUGUCGAUUUGGCUUCCGGUGGUAUCAUGUGGUUUGCUGCUCGUCAAAUGCGUAAAAGGAAGCCAUACAAAUACCCAGAAGAGAGAACACGACUUGAACCAUUAGCAGCGAUUGUACUCUCUAUAUUUAUGGCUUGUAUAUUUAUACAACUUCUAGCUGAAUCUUUACAAAACAUUGUUCGUAUGUCAUAA